AUGGCACAACUUCAAGCACCACCGGCCGGCACACCGCUCGACUUCGGCUCCGUCUUCGUCGUACUCGUUACCAUCAUCGUCUUUUCCAUCCCCAUAUUCAUCUUGUUCCCCCCAGUUCCGGUUGAGCGAAGCGACGCCUUGCGACAGACGCACUCCAAACUCGGUGUGCCUUGCCCGAACUGCAGCGACGGCCAGGUUGCCGCUUCGCAACGCCCCGUCAUUCACCCUAUCGCCUCCUGUCGGGGCAUUGAGCUGCCCGACUCCGACACGCGCGCCGGCCACGAGCAUGACAGGCUGUACGUCUUCGCCCAGCGCAAACCGGCCGGCGCCGAGGAUGCGUGGGAGCUUCUCACCAAUGGAGAGGCCCCGCGCCUGGCCAGCAUCAAGGUUGAUAUCUGGUGUCCCGAUACGGCCAAGACCAGUCGGCUGCUAGGCCGGGUCGACGGUGGCUUUGUGACCGCCCGCUUCCCUUGGACGGCGACCACGGGCCUGCGAGGCCUUGCAUUGCGAGCCGCCGCGAAGUUGAGCCGUGGCUUGCGUGCUGUGCCCGAGAAGGAUAUCAUGCUGCCGCUCGAGCUCCCUUCUCCCGCCGACAUAACUGCCCAGGGCUACCAGCUCGUCGACGUCGACGUCGACGUCGGAAAAGACGCAUCCCUCGCCCUAAGCAUGGAUCUCGACCUGCCGCCCGAGUUGGCCUUGUAUCUAGGCGUCAAGCAUCCACUGGGCUUGUUUCGUCUUCUCCCUGCGUCCAGUGAGAAGCAGGGGACGUUGCCAACUGGUCAAUCAAUGUAA